UGGGUAGGAAAUACUUGACACAUGAGUAAACUAAAUUGACAUGAUAUUAUGUAACGGAACUUAAUUUGCUCGUUUCUGUUAUGUAGAAGUACAUUAUAAUUCUGUGAUGCAAUGAACGAAAUUGCAUAACAUUUGAUCAUGAAGAGCACCGCCGUACAGAGGCAAGAACGAACAGGCAGCCAGUCAGCUGAGCUUGAGCGGUAGUGAUGGUGUACUAGGGGAAUCGAGAGCAUCCAAGAACAUAACACAAGUGGAGUGCAUGAGACUGCAUGACCUCCUUUCUCUUCACAGAAUUGGAAUAUGUCCCUUGAUGCUGAAUCUCAGGAGGAUGAAUUGCUUGCACUGGCCAGUAUCUAUGAAGAAAGCUUUACAUCUAUCGAGGCAGAAGCGGAGGCGGAAGUUGAUGGCAGCAGCACAACCCAUGGUGGUGUGCUGAUAAUCCACUUAGACCUUCCUCCAGACUUUACAUUGCUGUCAAGGCCCACAAAGAACACUGGUGAAGCCAUAGAGGAGAGGCACCAGGUGGAGUAUCUUCCUCCCAUCCACCUCCACUUCACUUUCCCAACCACAUACCCCUCACAGCACCCACCAUGCUUCACCCUCUCCUGCAAGUGGCUCAACAGAACACAGUUAACUCAACUGUGCCAAAAACUGGAUUCCCUGUGGAAGGAGAAUGAGGGUUGUGUGAUCACCUUCACCUGGGCACAGUUCUUGAAGGAGGAAGCCAUGGACUUUUUAGAUUUAACUGACACAUUAGACUUAGAUACUAUAAAACCCAUUCGCAUCACUUAUGGCCCAUCACAUGCCUGUGGCCUUGUGGCAGACGUGAACCAAGAACAUAGUGGUGCUGUGUACAGUCCUAGUGGGGAGAAAUGUGAUACUAGUAAUAAUUCUUGUAGUGAUAGUGAUGGUGCUACGGUUGGCACAAACUCAACUUUAACCAGGCAGAACAGCCAGAAUUAUGACAAAAGAGCCAUACAGGACAUUGGCCCCAAAACAAAUCUACUUAAUCUCUUGAGGGAUUACAAUGAAGAGAUAAGGAAAAAAGUGUUCAAGUCAAGAGUGUUCGAAUGCAAGGUUUGUUUCAUGGAGAAGCUUGGUGCCAACUGUCUUGAGUUUUGGCCGUGCCACCAUGUGUACUGCAAGGAGUGUAUGGCUUCCUUUUUCUCAGUCCAGAUCAGUGAAGGCAACAUCAAAUUCCUCAAGUGUCCUGAAGACAAGUGUGAUUCAGAGGCCAACCCAAAGCAGGUUCAGGAGGUGGUUUCAGCUGACUUGUAUAAUCGCUGGGAUGAAAUGCUGCUUAAUUCAACAUUAUCAUCACUGGGGGACAUCCAGCCAUGUCCUCGCCUGCACUGCCAGUAUCCUGUCACCAUUGAGGAGGGACAGGGCCAGUGUCCAUCUUGCAAAUUUGUCUUCUGUGGGAUAUGUCGGUUUGGCUGGCAUGGCAUUGAGCCCUGUCGCUUGAAGCAUAGUGAGUCUAAGAAGAUCAUGGAAAUAUACAUCAAUGGAACUGAAGACCAAAAGAAGCUUCUUGAGGAUCAGUAUGGCAAGAAGUACCUGUGUUCUCUGAGAGAUGAAUACCUCUCACUGAAUUAUUUAGAAGAGAACUCAAAAAGAUGUCCUAAGUGUCGUGCUAAAAUAGAGAAGGUGGAUGGCUGCAACAAAAUGACAUGCCAGCAGUGCAGUAUCUAUUUCUGCUGGCUGUGUAUGGCCAUUUUGAACGUUGGUAAUCCUUACAACCACUACAAUGACCGCAACUCUCCGUGCUACAACCAACUCUUCCUUGGUGCAGAUGAAGAUGAUAUGGAUAUGUGGGGCUUUGAUGAUGAUGAUGAUGUUGAUGAUGGUGAUUAUCAUGAUUAUGAAGAUGAUGUAGAGUAACUAUAAUUGUUUGGCAGCACUUAACUCCUUGAAUGUUAGGAUCACAAAAUAUAGUACUCAUAUAUCACUGAUAUUCUGAAAGGUUAUUGAUAAAAUUCAAAUAUUUAUUUUUUUGUUUAACAUUGCAAUUUUAUUAUAAUCAUAAGUGAAUACAGUAAGCUAUGAUACUUUCUAAAAAUUUUAAUCUUGAUCAUGAGAAAUAUUGCUGUUUCAUGUAUAAACAAAAACCUGGUGAAUUUCUGAUAUUUGAUUUAGGUUAGUUAGUUAAAGGAUCCUCAAACUCAUUUUUCUGAUUGAUUAUAGGCUCUAUUUUGUAAAUUUUCUUUCCAAUAACUCUUCUGUUAACAUUUAUUUGUGACCUCUAUGUAUUGUGAAAUUUUUAUUUACAAGUUGCUUUCUUUCAUUUGAAACUCGUAAGUAGGCACAUACUAUAUAUUACUAGAUUCACAAGAUUAUCUUUAUGAUCAUAUUUUGAAAAGCUAACUGUCAGAGAUCACUAGCAUAUGGUAAUUGCUGGAUUAUUUUUAUCUGUCUUUCAAGAUGUCAUGUUGGUAUGGUAGUAGUAGUAGUACCCGUAGCAACAGAAGUAGUUAUAAUAUUAGUAGUAAUAACCUUAUUGUUCCACACCUUUGCCAAGCAUACUCAGUGUGGAAAGCAGGUUUUGAAAGACUUUAGUCACUGAAAGUAAUUUGAAUUAAGACACAUUAAGUUUUAUAAGGGGCAAGUGAGAAGCGAGCCAUACAGUGCCUGUGAUGGAUAAUAUGAUGAGUGGACAUUGAGGAUGCUUCCUUCCAUCACUGGGAAGAGAUGAUAGCAGUUGCCCUCUUGUGCCUAUAUUAUUGCAAGGAAAGUAAACUUUUAAAGGUCUUUCUGAUUUAUUCAUGAGGUUGCAAAAUAUGAUAGAUGAGUUCUUUAAAAGUACAAUCCUCUUGAAGGUGAUAUCAGACACAGCAAUGUUUUAUAUUGUUUGAUAAUAGUGGCGGUGACAAGAAUGAAGAUGUGUAUAGAAUUUUUGGUGCUUGUAUUUUCACUGUUUCUCUUACUUGUCUGCAUAUCAGUGUUUAUGUUCUUAUGGAUUCUCCAGUUUUCACAAAGUAUGACACAUGAAUGGCACAUGCGUGGUGCCCAGUAGGAUCAAUGAGAUGUGUAGUGGAAAUCUACAUGAUGAGAUAGCCAUAUUGUAACAUUUCCUACUAAGUGUCCUGACUCUUCAGAGCAAACAGUGGCAAUGGUAAUAAACUUAAUUUUCAUUAUGUAUGCUAUUACAGUAUUUGUUUAUUCUGAUAUAUAUAUAUAUAUAUAUAUAUAUAUAUAUAUAUAUAUAUAUAUAUAUAUAUAUAUAUAUAUAUAUAUAUAUAUAUAUAUAUAUAUAUAUAUAUUCAGAACCAUUCCACUUGUCUUCCGAAUAUAAAAAGAAAGAUCAUAAAGGGAGGAAAAAAAUGGUUGGUUGUUUGUUAUUUAGUAUUGUUCAAUGCCUCAAAAACUCAAUUCUUCCAUCUAUGAACUUGACACAACCUUCCAGACAACUAUCCCCUCUUCUUUAGUAACACUUAAUUGUCCCCCUCUUUUAUACCAAACAUCUUCACUCUCUCCUUUACGCAUGAUCUGAACACUUUUUUUUUUUUUUUUUGGGGGGGUUAACUCUUUUCCUUCUGUACAUGGACUGGCACCUCAGUGGGCAUCUUUCUUUUUUUGCCCUUGGCCAAUUUCCCCUCCCAUAAGAAAAAAAAAUUAUGGCUAUGGAUGUUUAAAUGAGUAUUGUUUGGAUUAUUAAAACAACAUGGCUUAGUAGUUGGUGAUAUAUGUAAAUAAAAGUUGUAUGUAGAUGAUUUUUCAUAUUGUAUAAAAGAAUAACUCCUUGUCCAUACAACAUUCAUGUAUUAGUUAAUUGAUAAGCAUGGGUGUUCAGAAAAUUAUUCAGAAAGUGGUUAAAUAUUUUUUUACCCUGAGGAGUAUGUUUAUAGUCUUAGCCCGAAGAACAAUAAUCAUGUUGACAAACAUGAACAACACACCUCAAGCUUGAUAAUUUCCAAAAAAAAAGAAGUCAGUGAUAUAUCCAUCUCUAAAUUUUGAGGCACUUUUAGUUUGGUAUUUUAGUAUACUGCUUUAGUGUGCCAUGGUGAACCUACAUGCUCAUUAUUGUGUCCGCAAUUAUUUUUCUCUGUAUGUAUUCAUUCUGAUGAAAUUUAUUGAACUUAUAUAAGAAAUAAAGUGAAAUUAAGGACUUGAA